AUGCCCCACAUGGAAAAAGAGAAACAAAUAGUAGAACUUAAGGUCAAAUUCAAUCUGUCAUUCCAAGAAGCACGUCAACGUUUCGCGCUACACAACCCAUCCUAUCCCUCCUUCGCAGAUGUGACGCGCCGGGGCGCCGCGCCACAUGUUUCUGCACCCGCGCAUGUCACACAGAGUGUGGCCGCGGUCGUGCCACCAGCGCCCCCGGCUGGAGCAGCCUGUACUGCUCCGCCACCUGACAAACAGGGUCGGCAGACCCCCGUGUCUGCUGAACCUCGGGCCACUGCAAGCGCAGCUAGGUCCGAAAGUUCUGUGACCGUGCCUGCCGAGCAGGCACCAUCCGCCACCUCACAAGAGGUGAUGGAUACAAGUCCCACUCCUCCGGCGCCUGAGACGCCGAAGGAGAGGCGCAGCUCCUUGGAGCGCACAAAAAAAGAAAGACUGCGCAUUACAGGGCCCCCUAAGGACCCUGUAAUCUAA